CAUUUUUGUACUCCCAUGACGCAAUAAUCAUCUCCAUAGUUUCAUUUUGUUUGUUUGAGUUUGGCAUGAGCAUGAACACGAUGAUCAGAAAAUCUACCACCAUUCUCACCUACUUCAAAUCCAACUACAACAACUUCUUCUCAACUUCCACUCGUCGGAAACCUAAUCUCACCAACCACCACCCACGCCGCUUUAACUCCACCACAUCUCCUAACCCCAUUCACGAUCAGGUAAUUGAUUUUCCUGGAGGAAAUCUCAAAUUCAUCCCUCAAAUGACAUUUUUAUCUGAAUCACAACAACACAGAGUUCCUUGUUACCGUGUUCUUGAUGAUAAUGGUGAACCAAUUUUUGGGACUGAUUUUGUUCAGGUGAGUGAGGAUUUUGCUGUUAAAAUGUACAAUAACAUGGUUGCAUUACAAACAAUGGACACUAUCUUCUAUGAAGCACAAAGACAAGGCAGAAUCUCAUUUUAUGUAACAACAAAUGGAGAAGAAGCUAUCAACAUUGCAUCAGCUGCUGCUCUUUCCAUGAAUGAUGUUAUUUUCCCGCAGUAUAGGGAACAAGGAGUCUUGUUAUGGCGUGGUUUCACUCUGCAAGAAUUCGCAAAUCAGUGUUUUUCAAAUAAGUUUGACAAUGGGAAAGGAAGGCAGAUGCCAGCCCAUUAUGGGUCCAACAAGCACAAUUACAUGAAUGUAGCUUCAACUGUUGCUACGCAAAUUCCCCAUGCUGUUGGAGCUGCAUAUUCCUUAAAGAUGGACAAAAAGGAUGCAUGUGCCGUAACAUAUUUCGGAGAUGGUGGUUCAAGUGAGGGAGAUUUCCAUGCCGGAUUAAAUUUUGCAGCAGUAAUGGAGGCCCCAGUUAUUUUUAUAUGCCGGAAUAAUGGAUGGGCUAUAAGUACCCCUACAUCAGAUCAGUUUCGAAGUGAUGGUAUUGUUGUGAAAGGACAGGCUUAUGGAGUCCGUAGCAUUCGUGUAGAUGGGAAUGAUGCUCUGGCCAUUUAUAGUGCUGUUCAAGCUGCUCGUCAAAUGGCAGUUAGCGAAGAGAGACCAAUUCUAAUAGAAGCUCUUACAUAUAGAGUAGGACACCACUCCACAUCAGAUGACUCUACCAAGUAUCGUCCCGCCAACGAGAUUGAAUGGUGGAGAUUGUCACGUGAUCCCGUAGCGAGAUUUAGAAAGUGGAUAGAAAGGAAUGGUUGGUGGAAUGACAUGGCUGAGUCUGAGCUUAGGAACAGUUUGAGACAGCAGCUUCUACAGACCAUUCAAGUUGCUGAGAGUGUAGAAAAACCUCCACUUGCAGACAUGUUUAGUGAUGUAUAUGAUGUUCCUCCAUCCAAUCUCCAUGAACAGGAGAAACGGUUGAAGGAGACAGUAAAAAAACAUCCACAUGUGUACCCAACAAAUAUUUCCAUAUAGUUUAACCACAAUAUCUAGUUUGAAGAUACCGGAAAAUUAUCUUCAAACUUGGAUCUUUCUGUGUAUUAUAAAUUGGAGACUAUAGUCUAAUAAUGAGAGGUGUGUGACAUGAUGAUAGUGUACCAAAAAAAAAAA